AUGGAGGAGCCAAUCGUGGCGCUAAGUCAGGCAGGCGCAGUCGUAAGCAAGUCUGUAGAGGUGUGGUCUUACCUGUCCCUCUGCUGCCACGGUACAGGCCUGUUUGUCUGUCUGUCUGCCUGUCCGGUGGGAGAAAAGGACAGCGGCGUUGGGAGAACGGUAACUACAGCCGCCGGAGGCAAGACCAAUCGUGAGUGCGAUGGCAGACAUUGUCCACGAGCCGAGGGAGCCUCACGUGUCCGAUAG